AUGGUCGCCAUACAAGGCCGCCGGUAUAUAAUCCCGGGCCUCAUCCUUACCGCCCUCGCUGUUGUCCUUCUCUGUUUCAACAAAUUCAAGCAAUACCAACAGGGCAAAAAAGAUCCCGCAAAAGAAGCCAAGCCGCCCGGUCCAAAAUACCUACCCGCGCCCGAAUACGUCCCUCCUCCCGUGGUCGACCCCUUCAUAUCCCUCGCGACAUCGCCGCCGCCCUCUAUUCCCAGGUGGAACGUCCCCGAGAAGAAUCUACACAAAAAGUACCAACUCCCGUAUGCGCCGCCGCUAUUCAUCGGCUUCACGCGCGGGUGGCCGCUCCUCGUUCAAGCCGUCGUGUCCUACAUCACGGCAGGCUGGCCCGCGUCGCAAAUCUACGUGAUUGAAAACACGGGCACGCAGUGGGCAAACCCCCGGGGCCGGCUCUCGCUCCAGAACCCCUUCUACCUCAACUACAAGAGCUUGAAGAGCCUAGGCGUCAACAUUAUCCAGACGCCCGUGCUUUUGAAUUUUGCCCAACUGCAAAAUUACUACAUGCAUCUUUCGCAGGAGCGCGAGUGGCCGUACUACUUCUGGUCCCACAUGGACGUGAUUGUCUCCUCGCACGAAGGCGGCCACAACGGGCUGCCGAAAGCAGGCGAGCACGGCUACAGAACCAUUUACGAAAGCUGCCUCGCCGAGCUCAACACCACGCUGCACUCGGGGGAGCGCUGGGGAACGCGGUUCUUCGCCUACGACCACCUCACGCUCGUCAACCGCGCGGCGUACGAGGAGGUCGGCGGGUGGGACACGUAUAUCCCGUACUACAUCACCGACUGCGACAUGCACCAGCGCCUGCUGAUGCACAACUGGACCCUGGACGCGAGGGACGUCGGCGUCAUCAGCGACGUCAACACCGUUCUGAAAGAUUUGCGCGCGCUGUACCGCGAGCCGGCCGCCGAGCUGGACUAUCGGGAUCCGAAUCCUCCGGAGAAGACGGCCCCGGCGGCAGAGCAGGACGGGAAGGACUCGAGGGGCGGGGAGCCCGCUCGCGAAGGGGGGGAUCCCGAGCACGUCGAGUACUGGCGCAGGCUGCAGGCGGUGGUGGACAGGAUGGUGGAAUAUAAAAAGGGCGACCGGGGGCGAAACACGUGGCAGCCGUCGCAGAGGGGCGGCGAGGGCGAGCCGUUUUAUUAUUCUUCGCGCGGGGUGCAGAGGGCGUUUGAUAUGCUGACGGCCGUUGGGGGGCAGAUAUAUGAGGAAAAAUGGGGGCAUAAGGACUGCGCGUUGAUCGAGGGGGGUAAGCUGAAGCUAGAAGACCAGUGGCGGGUGGCCCAUGAUUGGGAUUAG